AUGCCUCCCAAGAAGACCACCACCCCUCCCAAGGCAAAGGCCCCCUCUGCCGCCCCUGCACAUGGCUCCUACAUCGACAUGGUAAAGGAUGCAAUCAUCAACCUUAAGGAACGUAAUGGAUCAAGCCGUCAAGCCAUUCAAAAGUACAUUCAAGCCAACAACAAGCUCGGCAACCUGAGCGAUGCUGCGUUCAGGGGCCACGUCAACCGCGCCAUUUCCUCUGGUGAGGAGAAGGGUGACUUUGCGCGUCCCAAGGGCCCAUCUGGACCAGUAAAGCUUGCUAAGAAGGAGGCCAAGCCUGCUGCUGCUACCAAGAAGUCUGAGUCCAAGACUGAGAAGAAGGUCACUGAGAAGAAGACCGAGAAGAAGACUGCCGAAAAGAAGAAGGCACCUGCUACCAAGAAGGCCGCCAAGGACUCCCCCAAGGACGAGACCAAGGAGGAGAGCGCUACCGAGACUGAGACCGCUACCAAGGCUGCUCCCAAGAAGAAGGCCGCAACUAGCCGCCCAAAGAAGGCUGCCGCCACUACCACCAAGGCUGCUGCUGCCAAACCCAAGGCCAAUGCCAGCAAGCCGCGCAAGACAGCUUCCGCCAAGCCCGCUGUCGAAGAGCAAGUAUCACGCGUUCUCGGCAAGACCAAGUCUGGCCGUGUCACCAAGAGCAAGGCCCCCACUGGUGAGCCAAAGGCCAAGGCAGCAAAGAAGACCGCCGCACCAAAGAAGAAGGCAACUGAAGAGAAGAAGGAGCCUGCCGCAAAGAAGGCUGCCGCGCCUAAGAAGGCCACCACCCCCAAGAAGAAGACCACCCCCAAGAAGGCCACACCAAAGGCUGCCAAGGCAUGA